AGCCAUCCAAUUUGGUCAAAGACCUUAACCUAAACACUCAUACACCACCUUAUUAGUACAUCUUGAUUCUCUGACAUGCAGUCAAUUACUUCGUUCCUGGCGUUCUGCGCAUUCCACACGCAGGUGUCCGCCCUGGCACUGCAGGGGGCAGGCGCCAGCGGCCGCGCUGUGGCGGCAGGCCGCGAGGAGGCCGCGCUGAGGUCUGAGAUGAUGUCCGCGAUGAGCAAGCGGCAGCCGUUGAGCAGAACGAAGAUAUUCGAGACCAGCCUGAACUCCUCGAACGACACCUCGAACGAGACCUGCCUGAACGAGACGAUCCCCUGGCUCCAGAUCGGCUUCGCCAUGGACUGCACCGGCAGCACCCAACCGUACCUCGACGCCCUGAAGACGACCGUGUACGACCUGGCGGUCGAGUUCAACGCCUCUGUCAGUCUGUUGCAGAUGGCGUUCCUAUGCUACCGCGACGAAGGUCGCAGAAGAGAAAGCUGCAGAAACACAAGCUCUGGGGGUGCCCAGUGCCGAUCCAAGGACUCCGCGUGGAGCUAAGACAGUUUAUGCGUAUGUUUUUUUCUCCAGAAGGUGAUGUGACCCCGCCCCGCUACGAGUGGGCAGUGCAUCCCGAUCCGCUCUCGCACUGGUUUGAGGACCCCGUCCAGCUGCAGAACGAGAUCGCCCCAUUCUACUCCAUGGGCGGCGGCGACUCUCCCGAGGACAACGCCGGCGCGAUGGGGCAAAUGCUGCACAACAAUCCUUGGGAUCCGAGCGCAGUGAAGAUCCUCAUGGUGAUCUCAAAGGACAGGGACUCCAUGAGGACGCCUUACGACACCGACGCCAGCCAGUGCCAGCUCAUGCAGGAUAUCAGGGCUGCGAACAUCAGCCUGAUUCUGGGGCACCUGGACAACGGCGUGCUCACCUCGAUGCUGUACGACUCGACGCACAAGCCCACGGACCCCUGGCGCGGAUGCUACGCGGACCCCUCCGACCCGCACCAGCUGAAGGAGGUCCAGUUCAUGGGCGUCAGCGCCCAUAACUUCAGCUCCAUGCUGAUCGAGGAGAUCUGUGACACCAUCGACGGGCCUUCGGUUCAGGUGGUCCCGACGCCCGCCCCCACCGACGCGGGGGGAGCGACGGACGACCCUCACGUUGUGAACCUCGGCGGCGAGAAGUUCGAUGUCAACAUGCCCGGCAGCUACGUGCUGGUCAGGGCCCCCCGGGACCCGCGGCUGCCCGCCAAGCUCGAGCUGAACGCCUCAGUCCAGCCCUUUGCGGGCCACCCGUGCGGCAACUACAUCCAGAGCGUGGAGCUGAGCGGCGAGUGGCUGGGCGGUCAGGUGGUGCGCGUCGUGCCGCUCCACGCAACGCGGAGGGCCCGAACGGCGCAGGCAGUGCCACCCUCCGCCCCUUCUCCCUGCGGGUGCAGUGGGGUGCCUCGACGCAGCGGGGUGCCGCGGCCGCGGCCGCCGGCGAGUACGAGCCAUGGGGGGGCCUCCGCAACAAGAGCCCGCAGCCUCUCUGGGCGGGUCCGCCUCGUGCCCGUGUGGAGGCAGGUAUACGCCGACGCCGGCAGGGCACAGGAGGCCCAGGCCUUCCAGUUCCUGAUCCGGGGCGCGGGCGCAGGCUACGACGCCACGCUUGAGGUGGCCCAGGCGGCCCACCAGGCGCUGAACUUCCGGGCGACCAACCUCAGGAGCCUCGGCUUCGAGCAGCUCGGCGGGCUGAUCGGCACGGACGAGCACGGCAAGUGGGUGGAGCAGGUCUCGGACCUGUGCAGGGCGUUCCGCGCGAGGCCCUCGAGGCUGUCGCGCCGGGUCGCUGCGGAGCCGGAGGAGCCGGGGCGCCCGUCGAUGGCCGCCUCCUGGGACUGACAGGGGCCCCCGCCGAGGCCUGCGUGCUCCGCCGCCCCUUGUCCCGCUCCCGUCGCCGUGGGGGAGUCAACGAAGACCGUGCAGAGAGGCGGUAAGCGAUCCACGAGCAGCCCUCGAUCAUGAUGACGGGCCGAACGAAAGGGGGGAAGAGGAAACACACGGCAGCGCGCGUGCUGCGCGCAGAGCAGACCUGCGCGAAGGAGGCAGCGGCCUUCCGAGAGGGUGGCUCGACAAAAGCUGGCUGGAGACGAGGCGGCUGGACCCACUGCCCCAUUUUUGUUGGGGGUGGAGUCCCCCGCCUGGCCAGAGCGAGCAAGCGAGCAA